AUGCUUGGCUCCGUCUUCAAUCGUAACCAAGCAGCCACUGGCGUCACAUGCCUACUCAGAUCUUUCCAACUCAGCGGCAAAAGUCACGGCUUUAGCGAAUUCCAAGGACCUGGCCCCCCUGCUGCCGAACUGGGUUCCCCGGGGGACAUAUACAUCGACACUACAGAAGGAAAACAUGCCCUGUAUGCCCGAUAUCCUAACAAAUGGAAGGAAUGGCGUAAAAUGCGUGCAGGAACGAUCGACACUUCGUCUAUUCCUCAUCCUGAUUUCCCCAACCGGAUUUUAGGUAUCAUGGUUAAUUCGGGCAAUAUUGGGUGGUUUUCCAAAGGUAAAGCACUCGGCGAUACCCCUUAUCACUCUGACGGGGUACUCCCACCAGAAUCUCCUGUUUCAAACCCUUCGGAGGUGAUUGCUACUAUCCUUGCCAGUGGUCGAGAGGUCAAGAAGAGGAAACGAGGGAGUACCAACGAUGCUAUGGAAUCGGCGAAGCGUAUGAGAACUACUACACGUCAAGAUGUUGUCCCCAGGCAUGAAUCAACCGACUCGUGCCACCCGGGGCCAACCGAUGACGGGAUGAACUUACCUCCUUCCCUACAGCGGAGGCCGCUAGACACGCCAGUAAAACUGGAUCUUAGAUCUGUUUCUAAAAGACGGCCGGCCUCUGGCACCAACAAGAUGAAGAUAUCGGCAAUGAAACCACCGCCUGCAAUACUUUCCCUUGAUGAUGCGAUCGUCAUACGCCAAAGAUUCAAUUCUGACUCGUCCUCAAACCAAAUCGAUCCCCACGUUCAACACAGAAAUUUCACAUCGCCUUCACAAUUUGCACCCAAUACUACUCCUGACCACGUCACCGCACAAUUUGAAUCAGGGUCGGCGCUGCCCCGCUUUACAGUCCAGCCUCCCACCGUUCUAGCAUUAUCCCAUACCGGCGAGCCUUUCGUGGUCAACGUGGAGGCUUUGUUGGCUGAGUUAAUGCAUUUGAGAGAGGAGAACAAUGAACUAGCAAAGAUUAAGCGCGACAACGCCUUGCUAGUCAAACUUUUAGCUUCCUACCCGCCGUCGGCCACGACACAAGAUCAUCAUGUUCCUGACGCAAUUUUUCCUACCAACGAUUCUUGUGACGAGGAGGCUGAAGACUCACUGGAAGAGAAGACGUGCGAGGAACUCCAGGCAGAGAUAGCAGCCCUCAAAGCGAAGCUACUUGCAAGGAAAAAGGGGGGUAAUGGGAAGAAGACGAAUAUACCUGAACAGGGUGAAAACGACGGUGAGCGCCGUCUUUCACCUCAUCCCCGCGACGACAACGGGGAGCAGGUAUCUGGGGAGGACACCCUUGGCGAGCCAUCUCCUUCAAUAGCUGAGGACAUCCCACCCGAGGAACUGGACAGCUUCAAAGGUCAAGAACACGAUCGCUUAUCAUCACCAACGACGGUGGGCUUUGAUGAGUCACGGGAAUCUGACCAUGACCAGGUGGACGAGUUGGAGGAGUCUGGGUCUGAAACUAACGAUGAUGAGGCAGCGGAUGAUGAGGAUGAUCCUGCGUCACCACGUCUGUCGAUACCUAUAGAAGGGGACGGUAACGACACUGGUAACGAAACUAUCCAACGGGGGGAAGUUGAUUUUCCACCCAAUUCACCACCAUCCGACCUUCGAAAUAUUGACGCAGAGGAUGCCUUUGAUACGGGAUCACCUCCACCCAUAGACGCCCCGAUAGGCGCCGAUGUUUCCGAUUUAAAUUUCGACGAUCCAACGGAGGACGCUAACAACUUUUCAAAUCCCUCUGACCGACAUAAUUACUCGUCACCUGAGCCGAAUAUGCUCGUCGUGAAGCAAGAGGUGGUUUCCCCCCCUAGCGUGCGAAGAACGCACCCUCCUCCAAGUUUUUUUCCCGCAGAACAAGAAAUCAUCGACUUGACUUUGGACAACGAAGACGACGACAACGACUCUGUACCUCAUGACCCAGAUGUUCAAGAACUACCUAGCGCAAACUUGGAACCGACCUUCGAGGACGACGCUGACUCUGUACCGGAUGACUUAGAUGUCCAAGAAGUACCUAGCGCAACCUUGGAACCGAGCACACCACAUAGUCUCUUUGGUUCACCAACCAUCAAUUUGCCGAAUAUUUUGCAGCCUUUGAAUUCGCCUUCUCCAAACACAAGGGAUAUCUUCGAUGAAAUUGAUGCCGAAUGGCCGACUCCUCCCGUCAAAUCCAAAAAUCAUGAUGUCGGGGAGGGUGACACGACUACUCAGACAUCCGUUGAACAGGAUUCUACGAAGUCAUCUGCGCAUGCCUUUGACGAUCCGGAAAAAAGCCACCUUCUAUCUACCGACGAUCAAAGUCAUAGACUUGACGUUAAAACUCCUCCCUCUAACACAUCAACCCGACAUCAUACCCCUCGCCCCGGAUCCCCCACAAUGGUACAAGAUAUCGAAGUAAAAGAAGAGAGCGCGCUUUUGGAGAAUGAACUCCUAGAAGACGCGGACGCGAACUGGUUGACCACAACCCACCUUCAAGUAGUAUUUGACGAAAAGUGUGUCCCGAACGCGUUUCUCUGUAGGUUGUGCCUCGCAAGCGAGCCUACGAAGAUAUUUAAACGCGGGUCAGGCACGUCGCGCUCCGAACUGAGAAAACACUGCGCUGAUGAACAUUGGGACGCGUGCGGGACGCUGAGAAAUCUUGAGCAUGAUCAACUCUUGCACAUUUUCGAUAAUUUAUCCGCCGAGAACAAUUCUAGCACUGGAGGGGAUACGUGAGCGAGGUUGUAGUAUGUAACUUGUUGUCUGAAUUUCAUCAUAGCUUGUAAUUUAUUUGUAUAUAGUU